UUAGGUGCCAUUGAUGAUCUCAGUUAUCGAGCAGAACAGUCCAUUGUUGCCCUCAUGGCUGUGAAACAACAGCUAAUCAGCUCACUGGUGUUGUGUUACCUGAUUCAAUAUGUUGCAUGUUUCUGCAAUGUCACCUGCACCACAGACUACAGUACAUCCCUGAACUGUUCCUGCUCAGGCACAGUGCCCUCGUCUCCCAUUCUCCUUGAGGCAGAGUGCAGAGAUUCUGAAGACCAAGUGAAUGAUAGCUGUGAAAUAACACCCUCACAAAGCUGGUGUAUAAUACAACCAGAAGAUUUUUUCAUGUUAAUAUCCACUGACACUACUUGCACUGCAAGAGUAAAACACACAGGAAAUGAAGACAAAAUGAAAACGGAUGACUCAACUGACUGGAAAUUGUAUAAAUUAGUGAAGCCGCAGCAUCCAGUCUAUGUACAAGUGACAGAGAACAUUGACAGCUACAACAUCACUUGGCAGAUGGAUGAAAACAUUUACCUUGAUAAAUUCUUAAUGUACAGGGUGCGGAUUACAACACAUAACUAUUUAAAGGAUCCAGUCUAUUACCCUGUAAGAGAAGACCAGAAGUACCUAGUGCUAAACAGCCUUCAACUGCAACCAGGAACUGAGUAUGUGGCAAAUGUUCAGGCCUCAGUGAACCCUGUGUGUAACUACCAAGGUCCCUGGAGUGAAUGGAGCUCCACCGUAGAAUGGAGGACUACAGAUAAGAAAUGGGUUGGAUCUGUCUUCAUCUUCAGUGAGCUGGAUCCCUUGGAGAAAAACCCACCUACACAGAGGAUGACUGAGAAGCAGCUAGACAUCCUCGGGCUGUCCAGGCUGAGUGUGGAGGAGGAUGGCAGCAGUGGGGACCAGGGCACCUGUCACUCCGCUGGACACGUCUCCAUCAAUACUGUGAUGGUGUCUGGGGAGGAAGGAGCUUUGUCAGGGAGUUCUUGGGUGACAUACAAGUGCAGCCAAGGUAGGGAAAGCUUCUCCCAAUAUACUGGAGGCAGCAGAGGAGGUAUGGACAGUGAGACGGAGGGCCCUCUUGGUGCUGGGGCAGAAGAGGAAGGAGGGUUAUCUGGGCAGAGUAGAAGACGGGCAUCAACGGGCCUGCCUGCUAUGAAGUGUCAGCUCCAGCUACAGGCCCGCAACUAUCAACCAGAGCAGAUUUCAUUGGACUCAGAGGACGGCUACCCUCCCUUGGUGCUGGAUCUGGACAGUGUGGACACCAUUGACAGUGGAGUCUUUGUUGAGUCUGACUGUAGCAGUCCUGUGAACACUAACUUUGAAUCUGAGAAGCAGAUAGACUCUGCUUUACUGAGUGGGGUAGGCAGUUCCCCUUCUGAAUAUGUCAAACAGUGGGUGACGGGUAACACUAUGCAAGAGGACACAACCAACUCAGGACAGAACAGGACGAUGUGAGUUCUCCCUCAUCUCCUGUGUCACUGACAGUGUUUCAGCAUAUUUGUAAAAUUCCUUACUUUCCCUGGUAUAGGUAUAUUGUUCAUAUUGUCAUCAUGUUUUUUUUAAAAGUGGAGUAGGAAUGAUUUCUUCCCAACAUAAAAAUUGUUUGUCGUAGUAAUACAAUAAUAUUGUUUGACAAUAGUUGUCAUGUUGCAUUAUGUAAAUAGAUGUAGAUUACUCAUUUUGGCCUUCCCAGACCUAGAUUUUGGCCUUUAUGUAAAUUAAUCAUUUUUUACGGCUUCAUUUCUCAUGCAUUUUCCAUGUGGAAGGGGUAUUGUUUUUAUAUCAUGUUUGUCAUCUAAUGUUUCUUAUGUUUGUGACAAUGGAUCCAGUUGAGUUUGCAUUCAUUUUCAAUCACUUGUUAAAUCUUUAAAGGGAUAAUCCACAGUUGCUACAUCCAUCCAUUUUUUGACUUAUA